GAUUUGAACCUCUCAUACUAUCGGUUCACUUAAUUUCACAUUCUGAAUAAUGUUCCGUGUGAAACCGUACCAUGUUUUUGUCACUCGGCUUCGGUUUUCGAGGAUCUUUCUCCGCACCUCAACUCGUGCAUACUCGAUCGAAGUAGCAGAACGCGGAGUUCCUGAGUCACCAAAAUGGGUGAAUAUCUGCGGACAACUCUACCCAUGCGACUCAUGGUUCAAUGUACCCCCACGCAUAAUCGAACUGACCACACGGUCUCUUCACAAUCAACAACAUCAUCCACUUUGCCUGAUCAAGCAGAGAAUUAUCGAUUUUAUGGCCAAGCGACACUCGCGUCGGAAUACUGCCACCGCCUCCGGUACCCCCCUGUUCAGUGUGCAUGAUCGGAUCUCUCCUGUGGUCACUACUCGCCAGAAUUUCGACAGCCUACUCAU